UUGUACCCCACACUCGUCAGUACAAUUGUAAAGAUAUAACAAUCAUAUAAAAAGCCCCAAAAUAUCCUAAUUGGCAUUCGAAACUUAAUAGAGAGAACAAAAAAGCGAAAAACACAGAUCAACCCACCUGGUGGUCUUCCGGCAAUACACCGGCCCGGAAUUUCACAUUUCCGACGGCAGCACCGGUCGGAGAACAAUUACAGAUCGACUCAGUUCAUAUAUAUAUAUAUGGAUCCGAAGAAGAAGGAUUUUGAAGGAAAAUACGAAUCGUCGAGUAACAGUUUGUAUUGGACUAAUGAAAGGCAUGUUCAUUUUCUGAAUUCAAUUGAAGCUUCUUUUGUUCAAACUUUGCUGGAGAAUAAUAGUAACGCCGCCCCUAUUCUUCCGCUCGACCGCCAUUUGCCCGAUAGUACAGAUUCAACCCUUGAUACUCCUAAAGAAAGACGACGCAGAUUUUCUACCUCAGAUAUCAACAUGAGCAGCGGAAGCAGAAUAGAUGUUGAGAAAAAAACUAGAAGAAUGUCAUCCAUCAUUUCCUCACAAGAUCAGGUGGUCCCACAAUAUAAGCAUGGAAGAGGAGAUAAGGAUGCUGAUGGUCACCCUAGUGUUCCUCUCAAUUAAAAAAAAAAAUAGUUCGAUAUAUAAAAUAUUCUGCGUCGUAUAAAAUAUCUUAUGUCGAAAAAGGAGUGAAAUAUCAUGUGUCAAAAAAAAGAAGUGUGAUAUUUCUUGCUAAAUGAGCACCUUAGUUUAAUUUAUAUGUAUGUUGUAGAUAGAAGUUGUUGAUCUUUUUAUCUUUCAUUUUUAUUAAUCUUACCUUUCUUUUGGGGGAAUAGUACUCCUCAGGUUUAUUUUAAUUAAAUUAACCUGCCUAUUAAAA